UAAAAAAAUGGAGCUUGUAUUCUUAAUUUUAGUAUUAACUGCAGUUUUUAGUGUAAAUUCGACUGAUCCAAUUGUACGUACAUUAUACGGGGAUGUUCGAGGCGUACGGACGGACAAAAGCUUGCAGUUUCUUGGCAUUCCGUAUGCCUCACCUCCUACAGGAGUUUUAAGAUGGACAAAACCUGUUGUUCCUUCAUCUUGGGGACCAGAUGUGUACAAUGCUACUUCACACAAACCAGGAUGUCCUCAGAAAUACUGCACAACGUAUUUGCCAAAUGCAAGCUGUCCUUUGCAGAUGUCAGAGGAUUGUCUGUAUCUAAAUGUGUGGACGCCACUUGAUGCUACUAGGACAUCCGGGUAUCCUGUGAUGGUGUUUAUUCACGGAGGCUCCUUCAAGUGGGGAUCCGGUUCCAAUUUUAUCUACGAUGGCAACAAUCUAGCUUCAGGGGGAGAGGUGGUAGUUGUUAACAUGGAUUAUAGACUAGGGGGAGAGGUGGUAGUUGUUAACAUGGAUUAUAGACUAGGUUUGUUGGGAUUUUUAUAUACUGGGGACGCACCUACUGAUGCCAAUGGUAAUUAUGGAAUCCAGGAUCAAAGAUUAGCACUACAAUGGGUACAGCAAAAUAUUGGUAACUUUGGAGGCAAUCCUACAAAGGUGACGUUGUUUGGACAGAGCGCAGGCGCCCAAUCAACAUUUAUCCACUUGAUGUCUUCAAAGACAAAUGGCCUAUUUCGUGCCGUAAUUAUGGAGAGCCCCCCAUUUGCCGUGCCUUACAGGGAAAAGGAAGAGGCACUUCUGCUAACGGAAAGAGUCAGAAAAAUAUUAAAAUGUCCGGAGAGAGAUAUUGCGACAUGUAUGAGAACAAAAGCAGUAGAUGAAAUUAACGAUGCUCAAGAGGAAAUAACAUUAAAAGUUACUGCUGGAAAAUUCAAUGAAUACUAUGAACCGAUUGGACCUAUAAUUGAUGGUGAAGAACUAACCACCCAGCCGAUGCUGGCAGCUUCUCAAGGCAAAUUCAGAAAUAUUCCGAUUAUAAUUGGAACAACUACAGAGGAAGCAAGGUUGUUUGUCUACGGGGCUUGGAAGAAAAAUUUAACACGUACAGAAUAUGAAGCUGCAUUAGCUGUCGUUCAUCCGUCCCAUUUCGAAAAAAUUGAAGAGUUUUAUGCACCUAAACCAGAUUUAGACGAUUACAGGGACGAUCUGUGUACAGUUGGCACCGAUUUUUUAUUUACCUGUGCUAACAGAAAUGCGACUAGAAACUUUUUAAGAAGCAGUAACAGCCAUUUAUAUUUAUAUGUUUUCGAUCACGCAACAGUGGUACACGGGGGAUGGGGUAAGGAGUGGUUCUGUGAGGGUCACGUCUGUCAUGCUGCUGAACUUGGCUAUAUUUUUCAAAAUCAGCUUGUAGGAAAACCAACUUCUGAGGAGAAACAACUUGCAAGCAGUAUGCUAAUGUACUGGACAAACUUUGCCUAUUCUCUUGACCCUAACAAAGGAAGACUCUCACCUGCAUUAACGUGGCCUAAAUAUGCCAUGAACGUUACGUCUACUAUGCACUUUCUUACGCCUAAAAAUAACCUUCUUACUAAUUACAGAAACGGUUUUUGCAAUUUUUGGGAUUCAGUUGGUUACGAACAAACUUAACGUUACUACCUUAUAUGUGUAUAUUAAUAAAUCGUGUUGAACUACUUA